AUGGUGGUAAGUGGGCUUGUUUUUGGAAUUUUUAAGUGUCUUACUGUUUUCUUGAUCUUAUGUUUUAAAAAAUUGAGAUUUGUUGGUCAUAAAGUCCCUAGAAUUUCAUUUACUUUAAAAUUUUGCUAACAUUUGGCCGAUUUUACCUUAUAACCUAUGUUUAGUUGCCACUGUCCCUCCUGAAAACGGCCCAAAACCAGCCAAUGUUGAUUGAACUGAAGAAUGGUGAAACCUACAACGGAAUCUUGAUCGCUUGUGAUUCCUGGAUGAAUGUCCAUCUGAAGGAUGCGAUUUGCACAUCAAAGGACGGUGAUCGAUUCUUGAAGAUUCCGGAAGUCUACGUUCGUGGAGCUACAAUCAAAUACUUGAGAAUACCUGAGACGGUAAGGGUUUGGAGGUUAAAUUUUAAACUUAAAAAUAAAAAAAAUUUUUUUGAAAUUUUAAAAUUUUGCAAAAAUUUUAAAUGUUUUUUGAAAUUUUUAUUGUUUUUACUUUUAUCAUGAGUCGUACUACCGCUACCUAUAUCCCUACCCUUAUUUCUACUCUUACCUUUACUCCUACCCCGCAAUACGCCUACUUUUACGCCUACUCCUACCCUCUACCUCAUAUUCCCUACCCUCUAGCUCCUACCUCCUUUUGCUUUGUCCUACUAUAAUGUCAUGCUAUUAUAUAUUCGUGACUUACCUCUAGGUCACACAUUGAAUUUUUGAAAUUUUAGACGAAAAGUUUUUAAAAUCAAUUAAAAUAUUGUUGUAGGUAGUAGAUCUAGUAAAAGACGAAGUAAAGGAAGUGCGUCGUCAACAGAACCAAAACCGAAUCGCCAAAAAGAACUUUAACAACAAGUACGGUAACAAUCGGCCAGGCGGCGGUCCAAACAAUCAACAACGACCAGGAGGACCUAACCAGCAACGCAAUCAACGACCACCUCAGAAGCGGAAGUAG